GGGAUGAUUCGGCGAGCGAAGAAGGAUGAGACUGAAUGUCGAUGGCAAGGUGGAGAGCUGAGCGUCUGAGAUCAAAAACCAGGACAUAGGGGGAAAAGUGCCGAACUCAGGCUAUCGGACUCCUGCGGUUGCUGCCCAGGUAUAUUCCACGAAGAGCUUUGAACCAGAUUUUAAGAAGAAAGCCAAUGUGAUGAAUCAUGGCAACCAAAAGUUUAUGGCUUGUAACACUUUUGGCGAUGGUUCUGGUUUCAGAAGAGCGUCUGGAGAAACCGCACAUCUCACCUUUCCAAUUCACCCACCAUGUUUACAAUGCUACUAUCUAUGAAAAUUCCUCCCCCAAGACCUACAUAGAAAGUAGUGUAAAAAUGGGCAUUCAGAUCACAGAAGCUAUCGAGAAUGUUAAAUACAAAAUUGUUUCUGGAGACAAUAUGAAUGUGUUCAAAGCAGAGGAAUACUUGGUAGGUGAUUUCUGCUUUCUGCGCAUAAGGACCAGAAGUUCCAACAUGGCUGUUUUAAACAGAGAAGUAAAGGAUAAUUAUCUACUGACAGUCCAGGCAUCAGACGGAACAUCCCAACAUGAAGCGUGGACCAAGGUGAUGAUCCAGAUCCUUGAUAAAAAUGACUUGCGACCUCUUUUUUCACCGUUGUCAUACACUAUCUCCAUAACAGAGGACACCCCAUUGCGAUCCAGUGUUGCCAGAGUCACUGCAACAGAUGCCGACAUUGGAAGCAAUGCAGCUUUUUAUUAUGCUUUUAAAGACAAGGUUGAUAUGUUUGCCAUUCAUCCCAGUAGCGGUGUUGUCACAUUGGCAGGAAGCCUGAAUUACACAACUCUAAAGCAAUAUAGCCUAGAAAUCUUGGCAGUGGACCGCAUGGUGAAGUUAUUUGGAGGCACUGGGAUUGGCAGUGUGGCAAAGCUGACUGUCAAUGUAGAACAGGCUCGUAUAAGAGUGCCAGGAAUUCUGUCUGUACAUCUCACCUCUCCUGGAACUGACCACAAUGCUACAUGUGCCAUUAUCACAGUUGAGGAAGGAGUAGAUGCAGUGAACAUUGUGGAUGGGGAUCCAUCACACCAUUUCAGUGUGGUACCAUUCUACCAUGGUAGUAGGGAGCUCAAGCUAAUAUAUAUCAAAGAGGCAAACUGGGCAGACAAUUACCUUGGCUAUAACUUGUCUCUGCAAGCUGGAGAUAAGAGCAACCCAACUAACCAUUCACCAGUAAAAUUCAUUCAUGUACCAGCAAAGUGGUCUGAAGCUUUAAAGUUUGAGGAAGAUCUUUAUAAGGUUAGGUUGUGUGAGUUUGCACCCCCAAAUAGUCCUGUUCUAAUGGUUAAAGCUCAGCCUAAACUUCCAAAUCAGACUUAUCAUCUGGAGCAUAAUCACGUCAGUACAAAAUUCAGGAUAAAUCCUCGAACUGGUCUCAUCACCACUGCUGCUGCAAUGGAUUUCUUGGAACAAUCCCAUUUUGAAUUAAAAGUAAAGACCAGUAUUGGUCAGAUCUCAGCCAGUAUCAUUAUUGAUCUCAUCGACACCAAUAAUAAUGCUCCAGAGUUCAGAGCAUCUUCAUACCAAGGGAGUAUUGAUGAAAAUGCCCAAAUUGGAACAAGUAUCUUAACAGUCAAUGCAACCGACAAAGACCAAGGUGAAAAUGGCUAUGUAACGUAUAGCAUUGCCAAUGUGGCUCCUGUCCCCUUCGGCAUUCAUCCAUUUACAGGAACUAUUGUGACAUCUGAGAACUUGGACUAUGAACUCAUGCAGCGAGUGUACCAUCUGCGAGUUUGGGCCUCUGACUGGGGAUCACCAUAUCACUAUGAAGUUGAAGUCCCUGUCACAAUUUACUUGAAGAAUCUGAAUGACAAUGAACCAUUGUUUGAAAAGAACAAUUGCCGUGGUAAUAUUUCAAGAAAUCUUACAGUUGGAUACCUCAUCACCACUGUCUCAGCAGUCGAUGCAGAUGAACUGCAAGGAAUCAGAUACCAGCUUUUGUCCGGUAACGAACUAGAUUUCUUUGAUCUCAAUCCAAUUUCUGGUGCACUAAUUUUGAAGCACCCCUUAUCUUACAGUCCUGCCAAUGAGAUUUCAUUUUUUAAUCUUAAAAUCACAGCCACAGAUGGAGAGAAUUAUGCUUCCACCGUAGAUGUUAACCUCACUGUUACCGAUAGCCUGGAAAUGAUCAAUAUGCAUUGCAAUGACACUGGAGCAAUUAAAAAAUUAGCAGAGAUCCUUCUGCUUUCUGUUAAACCACAUUAUCAGCCUCAUGAAGAAGACUCAUUCUCUUAUAUCCACAUUGUCAAUGCCCAUUCUCCACAAUUUGAUAUUUAUUUUCCAAGCUCCAUUGACAUAAUAGAGAGUAUUCCAGUUUACUCAACCAUCUUGAAUAUUCAUGCUACUGAUCCUGAUUCUGGUUUCAAUGGCAAGUUGGUCUAUGUGAUCUCGGAUGGGAAUGAAGACAGCUGCUUUGUUGUAGAGAUGGAGACUGGAGAGCUGAAAGUUGUGUUACCCUUGGAUCAUGAAACAAAAAAUCUUUACAUUUUAAACAUUACAAUUUAUGAUCUUGGAAAACCUCAGAAAUUCUCUUGGAGGCUGUUAACAGUGCAUGUGCUGGAUGCAAAUGAUAAUAAACCAAUAUUCUUGCAGGAUAGUUAUUCAGCAAAAAUACAUGAAAAUGUGGAGCUUGGAACACCUAUAGCCCAGGUAAAGGCUAAAGAUAACGAUCUGGGAGAAAAUGGAGAAAUAAAAUAUUCACUCCUAACUGUUACCAAAACAUUUUCCAUUGACAAAACUUCAGGUAUAGUGCAUGUUACUGGCAAAUUAGAUCGAGAGUUUCAUCCAAUGUAUGUUUUGAGAAUCGAAGCCAGAGAUCAGCCUCAACAAGAGCCCCAACUAUUCUCAAUCAUUGAUCUAACAGUAAUCUUAGAAGAUGUAAAUGAUAAUCCACCUCAGUUUGUCCCACCUUACUACAGGGUGAGAGUUCCUGAAGAUAUUCCAGUAGGAACUGUCAUCGUGUGGCUUGAGGCCUAUGAUCCAGAUCUAGGACCGGGAGGUGAAGUGAAAUACAGCCUGAUAACAACUGGAGAAAAUGCAUUCAGAAUUGACAGACAAGUAGGAGCUAUCCGUACUAAUAAGCAAUUAGACUUUGAAAGUAAGAAUUUUUAUAAUCUAACAGCUCAUGCUAUUGACAGUGGAAAACCCUAUUCUCUGAACUCCACCUGUUAUGUGGAAAUAGAAGUGAUUGAUGUCAAUGAAAACCUGCAUCGACCACAUUUCUCCUCCUUUGUGUUCAAAAGCUCUGUCAGUGAAGGAGUGCCUGUGGGAACCUCAGUGUUAACACUCACUGCUCAGGAUGAAGACAGAGGCAAGGAUGGUGCGAUUCGAUAUUCGAUCAAGGGUGGAUCAGGUCUUGGAAUCUUCACCAUUAAUGAGAAAACAGGAACAAUACAGACCGUGGAGCUCCUUGAUUGUGAAAGAUGUCCCCACUAUUGGCUGACAGUUCUUGCUACGGAUUUAGGUGCCAUCCCUGGGGUCACUUCAGCUGAAGUUUUCAUCAAAAUUUUAGAUGUUAAUGAUAAUCCUCCUCAGACCACAGCGCCUGUUUACUAUACCUCAAUCAUUGAAAAUUCCCCAAAAGAUAAGUCUGUUCUUCGCAUUGAUGCUGAUGACCCUGAUUCCAGUUCACAGGGUCAGCUGACCUUCAGAAUCACGAGUGAAAGCCCAAGAGGAUUCUUUGCUAUUGACCCAAAGACUGGUCUCAUCACUACAACAGUGCGUAAGCUGGACCGUGAAAAGAGAGAUGAACACAACCUAGAGGUGGCUGUUAGUGACAACGGUGUUCCCCCAAGACAGUCCACAGCAAAGGUAGUGGUGGACAUUUUGGAUGAAAAUGACAAUGUCCCAAAGUUCCCAGAAGUCCUGUACAAUGUUAGGCUGCUGGAACGCAACAGCUCCAAAGAGCCUGAGCCCAUCUACAAGGUGAUCGCUUCUGACCAAGACAUAGGUCCAAAUGCAGAUGUCACCUACAGCAUUGAGGAGAACCCCGAGGAAGGGAAAUUCAACAUUCAUCCAAAAUCUGGGAUGGUAUCAUCUACGUGGACAUUCACAGCAGGGGACUAUGACAUCCUAACAAUUCGUGCUUCUGACAAUGGGAGUCCUCAGAAAUCAGCGACUGUCCGUCUGCACAUUGAAUGGAUUCAGAAGCCUUCACCAUCCACUGAACCUUUGGCUUUUGAUGAGCCUCACUUUAACUUUGCUGUCAUGGAGACAGACCCUGUGAAUCAUAUGGUUGGGGUGACCAGUACAGAACUCACUAAGAGCCAGUUGUGGUUCGAUAUUAUUGGUGGGAAUGACAACGAGGAGUUUGAAAUUGAGAAGAACAGUGGCACCAUCACCAUUGCCAAACUAUUAAAUGCCAGUCAAACAUCAAAUUACAACUUGACAGUACAAAUGAUGAAUGGAACAAAUGCUGUCACAACUCAGGCAUACAUCAGGGUAAUUGACAUCAAUGAACACCGGCCGCAAUUUUUAGAGAGUAAGUAUGAAGUAUGGAUUCCUGAAGACACACCUCGCUUGACUGAAAUCCUACAGAUCAGAGCUCGAGACACGGAUGGGAGAAGUAAACUGCUUUAUACCAUUCAGAGCAGUGUUGAUGUUAACAGCCAACAGCUGUUUCAUCUGGACCCUACCAGUGGAGUGCUACUGACUACCAACGAGCUAGAUUAUGAAUCGAUGCACUUGCACAUACUCACCAUUAUGGUGCGGGAUCAGGAAGUACCUGUUAAACGGAACUUUGUCCGUGCCGUUAUUAAUGUGGAGGAUUCAAAUGACCAUCCGCCUAGAUUUACCAGUCCCACUUACAAAGGCAACGUGACAGAAACUGCACCGCUUGGAUCUGAAGUUCUGCACGUAACUGCUUUAGACAAGGACACAGGAAUUAAUGCAGAAAUCAUGUACUCCAUUCAGUCAGGUAACAGUGGCAAUAUGUUCAGUAUUGACCCUGUUUCAGGCAAGAUAACAGUGGUUUCGAAGCUAGACCAAGCUGUUAAAGGAUCCUAUGAUUUAACAGUGAAAGCCCAGGAUCAAGGCUACCCUCAGCUCAGUACACUUGCCAAUGUUGAUAUUAUUGUUGUGGUUUCUGAUAAUUCAGCCCCCAAGUUCCUGAUGAAGGAAUAUUAUGCAGAAAUCAGUGAAGCAACUGACAUUGGAUCUUCAGUUAUCAUGGUAACAGCAAUCAGCCAAUCAGCAGUGACUUAUGAAAUUAAAGAUGGAAACAUAGAUGACAUAUUUCAUAUCAACUUGUAUUCUGGUGUGAUAUCUGUUCAUAAGGUGUUGGAUUUUGAGAAAAACUCAGCUUACAAAUUGAAGAUUAAAGGUACCAACAUGGCUGGUCUAUACAGCAGUAUAAUGGUGUUAAUAGACAUUAUAGAUGAAAAUGACAACCCACCUGUCCUUGUUCAAUCUCAGUAUGUUGGUAAAAUCAACGAGAAUUCUCCCAUCAACAGCAUUGUGCUGGAUGACAGAAAUGCACCCCUCGUAAUUCAAGCGACUGAUCGAGACAAAGAUGCCAAUGGAAUGUUGGUAUUUCAAAUCAUGGAAACUGAUAUAUUGAAAUACUUUGCUAUUGAUUCCAAUAUGGGAACCUUGAGCACAGCUGCUGUUAUUGACCAUGAAGCCACCUCCAUCUUUCAUCUCACAGUGCAGGUACAUGAUCGUGGGCAGCCAAGUCUAUUUGCAGCAGAAGUAGCAAGCAUCACUAUAAUGGUGACGGAUGUCAAUGACUGUCCUCCAAGGUUUGAGAAAGAGUUGUAUGAAUCAACUUUGCUGAUACCUGCUCACAAAGGAACUGAGGUUCUCACGGUGAAAGCAGUGGACGCAGACUCUGACAAUUUCUCAAAAAUUACAUACUGUAUAAUCGAAGGAAAUAAUAAGGAGAUAUUCAAUAUUGACUCUUCUACUGGCUUAAUUUCUGUCAGGGAUACAGCCAAUCUCAAAGGUCAUUUUGAACUGACAGUCAGAGCAUCUGAUGGGAUAUACAAAAGCACUGCACUGGUAAAAAUAAAAGUGUCUAAUCUAAAGGAAAGCAGCCUAAUAUUUGCCCAGAGCUUAUAUUCGUUUUCCGUGUUAGAAAAUACUACACUGACCGAAACCUUAGGUGUUGUGAAAGCAUCUGGAAAUCAGCUAAAUGAACCCAUCUUUUACUAUAUAUUAAAUCCAGAUGAAAGGUUUAGAAUAGUCUACACAGCUGGUGCUUUUCAAACAACUGGAGUGGUGUGUGACCGCGAAGAACAAGAAGAUUUUGAAUUUGUUGUUGAGGCCCGCGAUAUGCGUAACCCCCCCAGAGUUGCACAUACAUUAAUUAAAGUUUUUGUGGAGGACAUUAAUGACAAUGCGCCAGGUUUUGUUCAUUUACCGUAUCUAGCUACAGUCCAAGAUGAUGCAGAACCAGGUGAUGUCAUAUAUCAAGUGACUGCUGAUGAUAAGGACACUGGAGACAAUGCAGUAAUCCAUUACAGCCUUGUCGAUCACUAUAGAUACUUUUGGAUUGAUCCCUACCUCGGAGACAUUUCACUCAGUGAGCAUCUUGAUUCUGAUGUAUCAGAUAAAUAUAUAUUAACUGUUAUAGCUCAGGACAGAGGGGAUCCUCCUCUUUAUGCACAGACUGAAGUAGUUAUCACUGUCAGAGAUAAAAUCACCCCGAGGUUUGAAAAAGCAUACUACAGGGUCAGGGUACCCGAAAACAUUUCUCCUUACACCCCAAUUCUGCAUGUGCAUGCCAACAACCCAUCAGGAUUUCGUGUGAUCUACAACAUCGUUAAAGAGAGAGCGCUGCAUUUAUUCUCUAUUGAAUUCAAGGCUGGGGUUCUGAAUGUGAUUGAUUCCUUGGAUUAUGAAAGCCAGACAAAGCAUGUGCUGACUGCGAGGGCCACAGAUUCAGUGACUGGAUCCUACACAGAAACCAUUGUUGAGAUUGAAGUUGAAGAUGUCAAUGACAACCCUCCCGUGUUUACAGAAAAAGUCUAUGGUGCAGUAUUAUCCGAGGCCUCAGCUAUCGGUACCUCUGUGGUGCAGGUCAGUGCCAAUGAUGCCGAUUCUGGAAGGAACAAAAUCAUCAGCUAUCAGUUUGCAGCUGUUACUAAUAGUUCAGAAUACUUCCAUAUUGAUACUACUAAUGGCCUUGUCACAACAGCACGCACACUGGAUUAUGAACAGACCCAAUAUUACAGUCUUACAGUUAGGGCUGUAGAUAACGGCAUUCCGCCAUUAAGUAGUGAUGUCCUUCUGAAUGUGAACAUUUCAGAUUUCAAUGAUAACCCACCCACGUUUCGACAGAACCAGUAUGAGACUACUAUAAGUGAAGUGGCGACAUGUGGUCAUUUUGUUAUACGAGUGCAGGCAAGAGAUCCAGACAGCAUGGAUAUUGAUAAGCUGGAGUACAUCAUCACGGAAGGAAAUGAACAGAGACACUUUACGAUUGGAACAAAAUCUGGGAUCAUUUCUGUGUCUAAUUCUUGUAAGAAAAUAUUAGAAGCUAAUUACCACUUGAAUGUGUCUGUUUCUGACCGGGUUUUCAGGCGAUCUAUACCAGUUCAGAUUAAAACUUCCAAGACAAAUAAAUUCAAGCCCAUAUUUGAUCAAAACAUGUACGAGGUUGAACUUGCUGAAAAUGUUGAGGUAGGGACACACGUGAUUGAACUCACAGCUGUAGAUCCGGACUCUGGUCCAUAUGGCAACAUUGACUAUACUAUCAUAAAUAAGUUAGCCAGAGAGAAAUUUAGCAUAGACGACCAUGGCCGCAUUUUAACAUCACAGAAAUUGGAUCGUGAGAACUCAACAGAAAAGGUUAUUGCCAUUAAAGUAAUGGCAAAAGAUGGGGGUGGUAAGGUGGAUUUUUGCACUGUGAAUAUUAUAUUGACUGAUGAGAAUGACAAUGCACCUCAAUUCCAAGCUGCUGAAUACAAAAUUCAUAUCCCCGCUAGCACUCUUAAGGGUGCUCCCGUAAUUCAGAUUGUGGCUGUUGAUGCAGAUGAGGGAAUGAAUGCAGAUGUCACCUACUCUGUUGUUUCCAGUGAAGACAAGGUUGAGGAAAUAUUGGAAAUAAAUCCCCUGACUGGAUUUAUCACAAUCAAGGAGAGCCUGAUUGGGCUUGAGAAUAACUCAUUUACUUACUACGUGAAAGCACAAGAUGGGGGCUCUCCGCAGCAGGAUUCCUGUGUUCCUGUUGUCGUCAAAGUUAUCCCACCGGAUCUAUCAUUCCCUCGAUUCUCUGAGCCAUUGUACUCCUUCUCAGCCUCAGAGGAUCUCCCAGCUGGGUCAGAAAUUGGUGUAAUCACGGCAGAGGCUGACCAACCAGUUAUUUACAGUCUGGUGAAGGGGAACACAGAUGAAAGUAACAAGGGUGGAGUAUUUACCCUUGAUAAAAACACUGGAACGUUGAAAAUUGGGAAGAACAUUGACCAUGAAAGAACAAAAUGGUACAAAAUUGACGUAAUCGCUCAAUGUUUCCAUGGGGAUCUUGAGGUUGCUUCUUCAGUGUCUAUCAGCAUCCACGUAAAGGACGUCAAUGAUAAUCAACCCAUUUUUGAGGCAAAUCCUUACAAAGCCUUCAUCCCAGAGAACAUGCCAGCAGGAACCACAGUGAUACAGGUUACUGCCAAUGACCAGGAUACAGGAACAAAUGGACAUGUGACCUAUAGUCUGUCCAAAGAAUUUGAUGAUGUUACAGAUGUUUUUGCCAUUGAUGGAGAAAGUGGGUGGCUUACAACACUGAAGGAACUGGACUGUGAAACAAAGAGCAGUUAUAAAUUUGGCGUGGUGGCAUUUGAUCAUGGAGGAAAAGUGCAAAUGUCUUCAACUGCCAUUGUAGAAGUUGAAGUCACUGAUGAAAAUGAUAAUUCCCCACAAUUCACGAAGGACAUCUACAAAGCUACAGUCAAUGAAGACAGCAAACCUGGGGAAGUAGUUGUUGUUCUUAGCAUGGUAGAUGCUGAUAUUACAGAAUCCAAUAGACAUGCCACCUGCUAUAUUACAGAUGGAGAUCUUCUGGGCCAGUUUGCUAUCGAAAGCUUUCAAAACGAGUGGCGAGUUUAUGUAAAGGAAAUUCUGGACCGAGAGGAGAGAGAGAAAUACAUUUUAAAUAUCACGGCCACUGAUGGCAACUUUCUGGCUGAAUCUGCAGUAGAGGUCCUAGUUCAUGAUAUUAAUGAUAACAGCCCACACUGCCAACAGCUGAUGUACUCUGAAGCCAUAUCAGAAGGGGCACCUUGGGGUCAGUUUAUUUUGAAGGUUUCUGCAAAAGACUCAGACGCUGGCAUCAAUGCUCAGAUAACUUACACACUGCACGGGCCAGGAGCAAACAAGUUUCGACUUGACCCACAGACAGGGGAACUGAUGACGGUUGGAACUUUGGACCGUGAGAGUCAAGCUGUAUAUAAUCUGGUUGCAAAAGCAGCUGAUGGGAGUGGCCUAUUUUGUGAGGCAGAUAUCAGUAUUGUCUUACAGGAUGUGAAUGACAACCCUCCCAAAUUUUCAGCAUCCCAAUAUGCGGUAUCUGUCUUCGACAACACCACCGUUAAGACCCCUGUGGCGGUUGUCCAUGCCAGGGAUCCUGAUGUUGGUCUCAAUGCAGAGGUCACAUAUUCCUUGGUGGACUCAGCAAAUGAGUAUUUCACCAUUGAUGAGCUCUCAGGUGUCAUAUAUCUGGCAAAGUCUUUAUACAAGGAGCAGCAGAAAGCUUUUAGCCUCAUGGUUCAGGCCACGGACCAUGGUUUUCCACAGAGACUCUCUUCAUUUGUCACUGUGGUGGUUUCAGUCAUAGGCAUUGAAGAGUUCAUCCCUGUCUUCAUACAAAGGGAGUAUGUUGCCACCAUUCCAGAGAAUGUGAACAUUGGGCUGCAGAUAUUGAGUGUGUCAGCACUAACACGAGAUGUCACCAACAAUGCACAAAUCAUUUAUACCAUCAUGAAUGGCAAUGACCAUGGCAAGUUUCGCAUUGAUUCCAAAACAGGAGCCAUGUAUGUAAAUAGGAGCCUCGACUAUGAAUCCUGCCAGGAGUAUUACCUGUCAAUUGAUGGUAAUAGGAAAGGAAGACCAUUGUUUAGUGAUAGUACGACGGUGAUUAUCAAUGUCACGGACGUUAAUGAUAACCCACCCAAGUUCAGCCACAGUGUGUACAAUGCUGAAAUCAGUGAGGAUGCUCCACACGGGGAACUGGUUCUUAAAGUGACAGCCACUGACAGAGAUGGACCCCUAAACAACCUGAUCCAUUAUUCAAUAAUGAAUGGCGAUCCUAACCAGCAUUUUAGGAUAAACCCAAAGAAUGGGGAGAUUUUGUUAUCACACCACCUUGACAGGGAAGAGAUAUCCAGUUAUUCCUUGACGGUUCAGGCCAUAGACAAUGGCGAGCCUCCACUAUUCAGUCACACUGCUCUAAACAUCCAGGUGUUAGAUGUGAAUGACAAUCCGCCCAUGUUCUUUCAAUUCAACUACAGCGUGGUUAUUCAGGAGAAUGAACCAAUCGGCUCGAGCGUGUUGCAACUGCUGGUAGUAGACCGGGACUCCGGCUCCAAUGGGCCGCCAUUCCUUUUCUCGAUUGCAGCCGGCAACGAGGGGAGCAACUUUCACAUUGACCAACAGGGACUGCUGAAAACGCAAGCUCGCCUCCAACAGAAAGUGAGGGAUCAAUACAUUCUGCAGGUCCAGGUCACAGACAGCGGUCAGCCACCUUUGUCCUCUUCAUCUUUUAUAAACAUUCGAGUGAUUAAGGAAAGUCGGUACCCACCAUCUGUGCUUCCACUGCAGGUCUUCAUUGUUACCUCCAGCAGCAAGUUCCCUGGAGGAUUCGUUGGAAAAAUUCACGCGACAGACCUUGACCUUCACGAUACUCUCACAUACAGCACUGUUCCAGGGUUAAUGGCAGCUGACAUGUUUUCCAUUGGAAGUGCAGAUGGCAAAGUGUUGGCACAGCAUGCCUUAGAAGCAGGGCACUACACCUUUAAUGUCAGUGUCACCGACCGAAAAUUCAUCACAACGGUGGGUGCACAAGUACACGUCACGCAUGUGACGCCGGAUGUACUUAACCACGGCGUGCUGGUGGAACUGGUGCAGGUGACACCGGAGAAGUUCAUCAGCAACCAUUGGCAGAACUUUCAGAGAUCUCUGGCAAACAUCCUUCAGGUUAACAAGAAGGGCAUUGAGCUCAUCAGCAUGCAGCCAGCACAGGGUUCACCAAACUUAGACGUGCUCCUGGUCGUAAAGGAAUCAGAAGACUCCUUUUACAAACCUGAAGUUCUGCAGCAGAAGCUCACCUCCUCUGCUGUGGACUUGAAGAAGUGGACCGGAAUUCAGAUAGAGAGAAUCAUUCAUCGCUGUCCCAAUCGCAACUGUCAGCAACAACACUGCGAGGGGAAAUUUCAACUGGACAUGGGAAAUGUAUUAACCUACACUACUACUAUUCUCAGCUUCAUUGUUCCUCGGUACCUUCACUAUCAGGCCUGUUCAUGUAAUGAUUCUUCUCUGAGAUUCACUGGUGACAGCUACAUGAAGUAUCAUUAUCUGGGCGAAGAAGGUCCACUAAAAACAGUUAUCACUUUCCGAAUACAAACUCUCCAGUCAGAGGCAGUAGUGAUGUACACCAAUGGAACUGAUUCCAGUCUUCUUGAGAUUACCAAUGGGAAUCUGAUGUUCACCUACGCAUGUGAUGGAAUGAGGAGGGUUUUGUCAGUUAGCGACAACCCGGUCAAUAAUGGGCUGUGGCAUUCCGUUCUAGUUGAGGUAACUGAGAUAUCUGUAAAGCUGGUGCUGGACACGAUGCACAUAGCCUCUGCUGCACUUUCAGAGACCUGUCGCAGAAGUGAUUUUGUAUUUUUCGGUGGUAAAGUUCAAGAGGACAACUUGGGACCCAAUAAUCACAAACGAGUCAUCAAGGAGUUUGAAGGCUGCCUUGGCUCUAUCAGAUUCCAGAGGGACAACACUAGAAAAGAUGAAGAAACAAGCGAACCAGUUGUGGUGGUUGAAACGUCUGUGGGAAUCGAAACCUGUUGUCCCCCUGCUGAAAUAUGUUCAAAAGCACCAUGCCAAAAUGGGGGGACAUGUACUGAAAUUCCAUCUGGAGGCUAUGUUUGCAAAUGUCCGAAGAAUAUUCUUGGUGUGCAUUGUGAACUGGUUGAUCACCCCUGCCUCUCACAACCCUGUUUAUAUGGAGGGACCUGCAUCCCACAACAGAGUAGCUACACCUGCAACUGCACAAAGGGGAAUUCAGGACCAAGGUGCAAAGAGGAUUUCAAUGAAUGCCUGAAGCAUCCUUGCAUGAACAACGGGAGCUGUGAGAAUUUCCAUGGUUUCUUCAACUGCAGCUGCGCGUCUGGAUACACUGGCAAUUUGUGUGAGACAUUUGCGGAGGGGCAAUUUCUGGGCCCAGCGAUAGUCAUCAGCCACGAUGAAAUUAUUGCAGUAGUGGGAGCAGUGUUGGUGGCCUGCAUUUUAGUUGCAUUGUUUGUCAUCUUCCGUAAGCUCAGGAGCAAAAAGAAGAAGCAAUCCCCCCUGAGUGUUCUGGGCAGCAACGAGCUAUCAAAGAGUGAAACAACAAAGAACAGUUAUUGUGAUUUACAUUCAUCUGCGCUCAUCCCACUCAACAUUCUCAAGGGGUCCGCGUACGACUUGGACAGAGAUUCAUACCAAGGAUCACAGGGACAUCCAGACCUCAACACGUUCAACCCAGUGCAAAGCAAGUGCAGGCCAACUGUCGUGUGCAGUGUGGCACCAAACCUUCCUGCUCCUCCCUCAUCUAAUUCGGAUAACGAAUCCAUACCAAAAACGACUUGGGAGUGCGAGUAUGAGGUGUAUCAUGGUGAACCCCCAGUUUGGCCCCCCCAGUCUCGGUCUCAUUCAUCAAGAAUACAGGAAUAUUCACAAUAUGAAGAAAUGGAAGAGAAUCUCCCACAUCCGAUGGGCAACGAACACUUUGACAGAUACGAUGGCUUCCCAUUCCCACUGGACCAUUAUUCUUCACGGAGCAAGCGGGCACCCCUGGCCCCGCAGUACAACGAUCAGGUCUUGGAAGAUUUUCCUGAUGGUGAUCCAGUGGCUUUAUUGCCAUCUCGUUGCCAGAACGAAUACACUGCCAUCAGUUACUACCCGGCAGAGCUGCUGAAAUCCCAGGUCCCAGGCAUUCCCAUGCAGCCCGGCUACCAGAAGGUCCACGUUCGCCUCAGUGUCGCCCAGCCGUCCUAUGCAGAGUGCGGGCCAGUGCACUCGCAAGCUGUGGUGCCCCGUCUAGUCAUGCCCACGUGCUACGAGGACUCUGAUCUGAUGGAGAGUGACUAUGGCAGCUGCGAAGAGGUGAUGUUUUAACAAGAAGAUUUUUUUCAUGUCUUUAUAUCAUGCACUAUGUAAGGUGAAGACCACUGACAACUACUUGCUGCCUGCUCUUAGACCACUGUAAUAACUUCAUUGUGGAUACAAGUGGAAUGGUCAAAUUGAGCACACUCUGGACAAAAGGGCUGAUUAAAAAUGCCCCAGGCUGCGGCACUGAGGUAACAUUAGGUGGCUAUUGAUGAACUCGGAAGAAAGGUAAAGACUGGCAAUACAUUGGGAAAGCAAACACAAUAGCAUAAUUUCUAUGAUUGUAAUGUCAGUGAAAUUGUAAAAAUCUUGUACUUUCAGCCAUAAAAGUAUUGAAUUACUGAGACUGUGGACAUUAUUUUGUACAUUGUCUCUUUGCUAGUGGAUAUUUGCAUCAGGUUCAGCUGUUAAUGGUUAUGCACGUCUGAAAAUGCCAUGCAAACUAAUUUGAUACUUGUUAUAUUUCACUGAAAAUUCAGUUGAAUUCAGCAUGCUGUGGGGUGGGAGGGGGUUUAUAACAUUGCAGCUGUUUAUAGAUUUAUUUGUUAUUUUGCAUGAGAACUGAUACCACCUUCCCUACCAGAGCCAAGGAUCUUUAUUCUGCAUCUUAGCUGUGCUAUACUUGGCCAGGGAACGAAUCUUGCUGUUGUCUGAAAGGGAAAAUAUUCCAUUCCCCAACAUUCUUUACAUUUGUUGAAGAGCACAAUUCUCAAAAAGAAAUGGUAAUUAUUCAGUGCAUGGUAAAUACAUAAGCAAGUCCUAGAUAUUCCUUUAAUGACAAGCUUUCAAAUUAAAAAGAAUAGAAAUUUGACAAAGCAAACCCAUUUGUGCUCAAAAUCUAUUUCCGUAAAAUGGCCAAUGGGUGUCUCAUGCCAAUUGUGAAGAACAUUUUGUAACAUCUGUCAGAUUUCUUUAUUAAAGAAAGAAUUGUAGUCAUGUGAAUAAUUCAUUGCAGGGUAGUAGUUUGGGGUAAUGCAGAUUUAUUUCUGCAUGCUGGAACUAGUAAGAAUUGAUGGUAGUGUGAGGCUCUGAAUUUGAUAUCUGUUCAGGGAAAAGUCAAGAGCAGGAUGUCACAGCGAACGCACCUGCCCACUGGUCAUACUGUACUACAAUCUGCUCUGCUAUGCAAGGGAAAUAGUAGUUCAUCGUGAAAUACCUAAUCAGAAUUUUAGUAAACACCGGAUACUUCACAAGGCAGAAACUAAAAAAAACAUUUUUCUUUGCCUGGCUGCCAUUUUGGCAUUGUGCCAGGAGAGGGAGCUGGCUCCUUAGUUAUGUGAUGCUGAGCCAUUCUCUCAUGCUUAGCACUGGAUCAAUACCUUUAAGCUCCUUGGAGGACUAUAGGCCAAGGACUCACCUCUUUGAUGAGCUCCUUCUUCUGCCUUUUAAUAUCAGCACAAAGAGUGAGGUCUCAUUAUCUAAACCCUGGAAGAAAUACUAAUGAGAAUUUCAUGAUACAUUUCAGAUUCAAAUCCUGUCUAGAAUUCAGAUUGAACAGAAAUGCUCGUUUAAUAUUGCGUGGGUUUCCUGUGACUAUUGCUAACAUCUUCAAUUUUAUUACACACUGAAGCAAGGCUUGUUUAUGUUAUACUUCCACAAUCGAACAGUCAGUAACAGUGAAGUACUAGUGGUACAGUCUUUCUCACGCACUCUAGUGUUUCGCAACACACUGGUGUUGAGCCAUUUACUGUCAUUGUCCCACGGUCUGGUCAAACCACUGGGCCAACAUGGGGUUAUAUGGAAUUGAGGAUAAAGUGGUCUUCAUCUGAAGUUGCUGCAACUUUCUGGUCCCACAGCAACAUGCUAUUGGGCUUAAAGGCCACAUUAAGUGAAUUAGUGACUGUGCCUUUUAGGGAAGCGAGAAUUCAGAUGAAUUCUGUGUUAGUGAGGGUUCAACAUCAAAAAGAGCCUUAUUUAGAGUCAUGCUGUGUAACAAUCAACUUUGCAGACAGUGGCAGAAUGCUGAACUGCAUGAACGCUUCAAUGAUAUAAUGACACUGUAAAGUGAUCUUGACAAUGGAGACGGAAGUUGUAGCAUAUCCAUAUUCCUCCCUUUUAUAGUUGUGCACACCUGUUCUACUGUUUCCCAUUUUAGUAAAAUGUGGUGACUGUGUAUUUUAUUUGUGUGGUCAGUGUUUAAUAUAUUGUUCCACUGUAUGAAUUUGUACAGAAAGUGUUUCUCUUUUAAUUUUGUAUUAUAUUCAAUAAAAUGUGGUUUUAUUUUGA